UAUUUCUGAGGGGGUCACUGCCUAUCGCGCAUUUUUGUAAUUAACCCAAACAAGUUAAAGUUGGGAAAAAGUGUGGAAAAAAUGGAAGAUAAUUUUUCAUAUUGCACUCAAAUGCUCAAGGAACCACUGCAACUUGGAAAACUCGUUGGCUCUGGCUCACAAUUUGAGGUAGAACAGUCGCCAUUUGGGGCUGGCGAUGAUGAUUUUAAUGUCGACGAAAUGGAAGAUUGUGAUAACGCUCCAGAUGUUGAGGAAGAAGAGCUCGCUGCUCCAUCGACCCAAUCGUUCGAGGAACUCAAAAAAUUGAUGGAGCCGAUCAAUGAGAGCAUUUUUAAGCGCAUCACACGUGAGGGGCACCAGGGCCGAGGUCUGGUGCCAAACAAGGCACGUGUCGCUGUGCGCUAUAGUGGUUAUUGGGAAGGCGAGAGUUCUCCUUUUGAUUCCUCAUUGAUGCGCCGAACUAAAUUCUAUUUUGAGACCGGUGCAGGUUGCGAUGUGCUAGAAGGCCUCCAGGCUGCUGUACUUACCAUGCGCCCAUAUGAAAAAGCCGAAUUUAUUAUAUCCUAUAAGUUGCUAUUUCACGAGAUGGGCUGCCCGCCGCGCAUUAAACCACGUUCAGAUGGACUUUUCAAAAUCGAAGUUCUUCACUUCACAUUGAUCGGGGACUCAGAUGCCUUCGCGUCAAUGGCUGCUGUGGAUCGGGACUCUCUAAACUAUUGCCGUCUAGCCAAUGAUGAGGAUGAGCGCAAGCAAAUCGCUCUGUUGAUCACUCUCAAUCAAAACUUGAUGAUCUGCUACAAUAAAUUGCAUAAUCCCAAACGCGUGUGCAUUACGAUGAAAGCCUUGCGGCGUCUCACUGAAAGUAAGCCUUCUAAGGCCCUGUAAGGCCCUCUACCAGGAAGGUUGCGCCCUGUCCGCCUUAGGCGAAUAUAAGGAUGCUCGGUGUAUUUUUAUGCAGGCUCAAGCCAAGCAGCCCGGUAACAAUGAGAUCAGUGCUAAGAUUACUGACCUGGACAAGAAAAUCAAAAAAUACAAAGAGGCAUCUCAGGACAUUUGGACUCGUGCGUUGUCAGGCCAGAAGUUUAAAGAAGUAAAGGAUGAAACCAAAUGUAAUCCCAGUGUUGAAGAACUUGUGAAGGAGCU